CAGCACGCAUCCAACCACCCCGUCAAAUCCCAUACUGCUAUGACACACGUCAAUUCCAUGGCCUGGUUCAGUUCGGGAAACCCCAUCCAUCCCAAGCCCAUCGAGCAAUACUUGGGUGGGCGCGUGAUCAAUAUACACUCUAGGUGGUUCCUGCAUCAAUCGUAUGACGAGGAAGCCUCCGAAACCGAAUCAAUUGCUGGCUCGAAACACUUCAAUGCCAAUCGAUUCUUUCACCACCUCAGUCUAGCAUUCCCGCCUUGUGUCAAUGACAUGAGCAUUGUUAGAAUCGAGGGUCCCCUAUACUACCCAGCUCCCUAUCUUUUACAUACUGCCCACAAAUCUAGAGAAGCAAAAUCAUAUACUCAGCCCAAUCUUCAUCCCGCCUUAGACAGACCCUUGAUCUAUUCUAGUCCCGGUCUGAAGGGAGGUCAGCACCUGGUCAAUCAUCAAAGCACGACGGGGCCCGCAAAGCUGCAGCGCCCUGUCCCUCAGUACUGCACCCAAGUGUUGCAGUCCUCGCAUGUGGCCAAUUCUUUUUGACCUCUCCGCUGGUCACAACCAGCUCCAUUCAUCUUUGACAGACAAACACCUCCUCGCGGAAUUGUGCACCGCACAUGGUUGAUCUAUGCGUGCCAGGCCAGCACAGAUAAAAUAGUCGUUGAAUGGAAGAACUACAAGCUGACAUACGCACCUCACCCCGACCAUCUGUCGGGUUUGUGUUGCACGUUAUAAAAGUCACCACCUCUUAGUCCACGGUCUCCCAUCAACGCAAACAAGCCACUGCCAUCUCCCCCUCCAGCGGGAAGUGAAGAGCCAGUAAAACCCAAGCCGGUACUGAAGCUCGCGCGCAUCAUGUCCACUCUUAGCGAUUCGGAGCUCGAGAAGCUCUUCUCCGGUGCCCCGCAGUUCUUUGCCCGCUCAGAGGGCGUAAAUACCGGCGCCCCCAACCCGAGCGUCGCCUUUCCGUGGGAUGAGACACUCGAAAUUCGCGACCUGACAGAUCAUACCCAGAUUGAGGACGAGGCAUGGGGAUGUGUGACGGCAUUGCCGCACCUCGUGCGGAGCCCUCGGCGGCGCAGCAGCGUUUCGAGCAUUGGCAAGAUAAAGCGAGCACAUUUCUAUCCAAAGUGCCGAGAACGGCCGAACAUGCUGAGCAUGCAAGGUCUCGAGAAGGGUACGGUUGGCUUUUCGGCGGCGCUGGAGCUCUCGGCUGCCGACGCUCUGCAGGAAGAGCAGUAUGGAUUUGAAAGCGCAGGAGGUCGCAGACCUGAUCCCAUCAUUGAGGCACGGCAGAAGAUGCUAACCUCCAAAGAUGGAUUGCGAUAUCUCGAAGAACCGGCAAUAAUGGAGCAACUGAUCAAAAACGGGCGGCGGUAUGUCACCAAUGAUUUAAGAGACAACAUGCUCUCGACCGACUUGUAUAAUGAACUUUUCCUGCACAUCCUUCACCCGCCAACUCGAGUCCUCGAUCACCAAGACCCUUAUAGCCUCUCCGUCCAGAUUCAAGCCUUACUAAAGGUGCUCAACACGCCCAAUGUAUGGGUUGACUUUUCUCACGUCGAAUGGCGCAUCCGCUUGGGGCAGGUCCUCUGGGGCAGUCCUAGUAUGGCAGACGUCGAGGACGUCCUCGAUGGUGAAGAACUUGAUGCGGGCGAUAGCAUCGAGGCAAGGUCUGAGGAACGCUACUGGUUGUUAUUGCAAAUUCUGUUGGCAUGCGAGCUUUGGAUCAGGUUGGACGCUAUAGUCGAAGCUGAUGAUGCGGGGACAGAACAUAUCAAGCCCCGUGAGAUUUAUCGGUUUCAACAGGAAGCCAAGACCGCAGUUAAAUGGUCGAUGCUGCUGGCCAAGUCAUGGCUUGAAAACAUAGAGGUAACGAAAGUCGAAGGUCUUAAACCGGACGAAGCAGCCACACGGCAUUCUAGUGCGGGAUGGCUUGCGACUUUCACGAAGCGGCUGUCUCUAGCCAGUGAUAACGGCGAUAAAAGCCUCGCAUCCCUCGCACCAGGAUCGCGACCAUCAAGCCGCGCAACAGCUGACCAUCCGGCGUACGAUAUGAGAGGGAAACACGGCCAACGGCAGGUGGAUGGACUGACACAUUUUGCACGCCGGCUUAAGUGGCCAGGAAUCGAUGCGUACGAAGCCCGGAUUUCUAACAACGUCCGAGCAGUUUCGGAGAAAACACCUCUGAACACCCCCCUUGCGAGUCCCGCAUCCGACAUGCCCUCAUACUUUGGAUCAGCCGCCGUUGUGGGGAGCGGCAAUAGUGCAAAGACCUCAAUGCACAUAGCUGACCAGGUUCGUCGUCAGCCAUCCAAGCGUCGGAAAAUUGCCGCAGCACUGCACCCCGCGGGCUGGCUUUCUAAAAGCUACGUUUCGGGACUUAUGCUGCCAGGGGAGGGCCUCAGCCACUUUUUAAUGUCGACGCUCUUGGAGAACGACACAGAGGCCAUGGAUAAACUGGGCCCAAUGGCAAAUCUUUGUGGUGGAUUCGUGUAUAGCGGAAAGAGUUUCUGGAGCACCUCGUGUAUUGUUGGCCGUGUUAUUGCCGCUGGGAAGGGCUCUGUCGAAUGUAUGGGAUGGAUCUCGAGCGAUAUCACCCCAUAUGGCUUGUCGGAUGGAUGGGUGAAUGUAGAGGUGGCGGAUAUUCCUGGGGAGUCAUCUCGUCUUGGAAGACAGGCCCGAAUCUGGGGUAAGGCAGCAAUUGAACGACAAUCUUCCGUCCUAGGUGACGGUGACCUAGGCUCAGUUCUUCCCGCCGACUUCAUUAUCCCCUUCGAGAACCUUUAUAAAGGGCUACCCCCACCGGCUCUAUGGAUUGAGCUCAAGGCUCUGAAUCUGUUUGCCCGGCCUGAUUCUGAGAGCACCACCCCAGCAGCGGAGUUGAGUACUCCCCUGACGCAGUUGACCGAGACCACGGCUAGUAGCAGUAAGACGUCGCCAGACAUCCAAACAUACCCAGCAGCUGUCAAAUUCACAGUAGGGAGGAUCGACGACUACAACGACUACGGAGAUGGACUAGGAGACGAUGGGGUCGAAAAAGAGUAUACAUUCAACCUCACCCAUGAUGUCUACUUUGCCACAGCCCAUCCCUGUGUCCCAUCUCAGCACGUCAAGGUCUUGAAAUCACCUUCGAGUCCCACGAUUCAACAAAUCGAUUUAGAGUCCAGCACUGACAGCAUCAACAACGAAAACUUUUCCAACAAGCGCUCAAGCCCGGUCAACAUAACCGGUCACCCUCUCCAUAAAUACUAUACUUACACCGCAAUCCACCUCUCCGAGCUUCUCGACCGCCGCGAUUCGACCCUAGAUGAUCUACUCAACAACCCUGGUCCAAAUGAGGCAUAUCGUCGUCCGUCAAUAGCGCCUGGGCCGCAUGGAAAUAAGACCGCUCGGGUUCUAGUAGUGGACUGCAUCACAGGCUUCCAACCUCUGCCUCAGGCACACGAAAUCCCGCUAUCACCCGUCGUGAGCCGAUCUAGCUCGCUGAACAUGGCAACUUGGGAAGCCUCGCCACCCAGGACGCAAGUACCAGUCUUGCAAGAGCCGUCCCCGCCGCGCUCGGCAUUUGCGGCUGCUUUUGCUGCAGCUUCUUCUACUAGUAGCAAUGACACUAUGAGGUUGAAAACAACACCACCAAUUAACACUAACAACACUGAUGUAGAUGUCAAUGGCGUCGCUGUUGGUGGAGCCGUACCCGAAUCGCCGGGACACAAGAUGCACUCAGAGACACGAAGGCGCCAAUUCGGCUCCGACAUGGAAAUUCUUAUUCGAGCGCUCUGUGCUGAGAAGGGCUGGAAUGCUCUUGUCAGUCGGAGGCGCAGAGGAUGCCUGGCUUGCGCGAUCCGUGAGGCAGGGGCGCUCGGGUGGAAAGUCAUCAUCAGGGUCGAUUAGGAGUAGACCUUGGCGGGCUACAGUUGUUGCAUCAUCUGCGUUGAGUUUUAUUGUUUGAGUCUUUGUGUUUGAUUGUCUUUCUAUACACUUCUCCCCUUUUCCCAAGCAGCAACGCUGGUAAUGAAUGAUGAAAGCAACUUAUGAUGUUUUUUUAUUUGUAAAUACGGCAGGCAUACAUGUUUAAAGAUUGGAGAUGUACGACACAUGUUUGUAAGCAAAAGCCAUACUGUGGUUGGGGCGCUUUUUUGUCGUCCGAGAUACCAUCUUACUUUCUAUCUCAACUCUUGAAUAUAGCUCUCGCCACUCUAGGCAUAAGCGUCAGUGUACCAAUUCUGGAUUGGUGAUGACAGUAUUGUAGUUAAACAAGUCAAAUAAGU